AUGCCUUCUACUACUUCUUCGGCCAUGCAGAUGCCCCGUGAACCGGCCCCCGCAGCGUUCCCUGCCGAGCGAACCAGCACCGAGCAGCCGCGCCCAGUUCAGCCCAUGACAAUGGAACAGCCUGAAAUGAGCAUGCGAGGAGGCAAAGACGGUGGUGCUAUUUGCUGUGGUAUCUGCGCUGGUCUUUGCUGUUUCGAAUGCCUAGACUGCUGCUGUUAA